GAUUUCAUGAAGAGCCUGUUAUAUUAGGUCUUUUUUGUUGUGACUUUCCUGAAGUGUACCAGUCAACUACUAAUAAAAUUUUAGCUUGUGAAAAGUUGAGGGGAAGGAGAAAUCUGUUUGAAGAUGUGCCCGGGACGUUUUGGAGCAGAAGUACAAACUUGGACCUCCAAAGCUGUGAGAAAAAGUUGCUCCUCCAGCAGCAGCUGCUGCAGCUGUGGAGAUGGAGAACACAACUACAGCCUUUCUUUCUACUGGAAUAGUUAGUGGUUUGGGUUUUGUGGCAGCAUUUUGAAUGUUGAAGCCAGCUGGAGAUCCCCAGAAGAAAGGAGGUGAGGUUGUGACCAUGUGGAUCCCAACGCCCAGCAUGACUCUUCCACAGCGGAUGGUUCUGUAUGGGACCUGCUUGGUGGCACUUGUGAACGCUGUGGGGCUUCUGGUGCUCAUGGUCCAGCAGAACCAGCAUCGGGAAUGGCUGAGGCAGACCGAGGCAAGGUUGAUGGAGGUGGAGCAGAGCUCGGUAGUGGAGUUCCUCCAGGAGGUCCCAAGAGGAGCAGCAGGGCUGAGAGCAAAGGUAGAAGGACAGCCACAAUUCCAGUAUUCUAGGAACAAGAGGAGCGAAACGUUGGAGAAGUCGCAGCAGCAUGAGCAUCGGAAAGAAGAGGGGAAGAAUCUCCACCAGCAGGAGGCCAGCCAGGAGGUUGGAGAAGAGAAGAUGAAGAAUGAGCUGAAGUACAAACACAGACACAAUCACAAAGUGCAGGAAGACAUGAUGAUGAUGAUGACUUACUCCAUGGUGCCGAUCAAAUUACUAAUUGACAUUUGCAACAGCACCAAGGGAGUCUGCCUAGCUGGACCACCAGGUCCACCUGGACCACCAGGACCAUCAGGACCACCAGGUCCGCCUGGUGUGGAUGGUUUGCCAGGCCACAAUGGAACUGAUGGGCUUCCAGGACUGAAUGGGUUGCCUGGGGCUGAUGGGAAAAGAGGAAAAAAAGGACCACCUGGUGAUAAGGGGGAACCGGGAGAGAAAGGAGAACCCGGAGAACCUGGUCCACCUGGAGAAGAACCUGAGCCUUCUAAUGAUGUCUUUAUUGAAGGUCCACCUGGUCCCCCUGGUCCUCCAGGACCUCCUGGAGUAAUGGGGCCUCCUGGGCCUCCUGGGCCUGCAAGAACACGACAUCACAGAGCCAACUUUCAAGCGGCUCAUACGCUGGGGUUGCUCCAUUCCAUUCCAAAUGAUGAAACCUUGGCUCUGAAACUUCCAGAAAAUUCCACCAAAAACAACGAGUGCCUGAUCAAGUCUCUGAUAAAUCCCAGAGAAGUGGCAAAGAUGGAAACCACAUUUGGCACGUGGAUGAGAGACACGGCGCAGCUGAAUGAUGAGCGAGUUUGGGUGGCAGAACACUUCUCAGGCCGCGUGCUGAAGGAGUAUAAAAGCAUUGCUGCGUUCCAGAACAACACAGGAGACAUUGUUGAUGUUAAAAAGUUCUACCAAGGCUGUGGUCACACCAUCCACAAUGGCUCCUUCUACUAUCAUAUUGCUGGUACUUCCAGCAUUGGCAGAUUUGACUUUAAAACCAAAAAGCUUCACACUCUCAGUGUAGACGAUGCCUUGUACAACAACCUUGCCUACUUGCUACCAAACUCCAAGACCUACUUUAAGAUGGCAGUGGAUGAAAAUGGACUGUGGCUGAUAUUUGCAUCCAGUGUGGAUGAGAGCAUUGUGGUGGCCCAGCUGGACCAGAAGACCUUCUCUGUCACGUUGUUCAUAAACACCACAUACCCCCGCACCAAGGCCGGCAACGCCUUCAUCGCCUGUGGUGUUUUGUACGUUACUGACAUCAAGGACACCAGAGUCACUUUUGCUUUUGACUUGGUGAAGGGAAAGGCAGUCAACAUGACUUUUGACUUAAGGUCUCCAGGUGGAGUUUUGGCUAUGCUCUCCUACAGCCCGAAGGACAGACACCUGUAUGUGUGGGACCAGAGUUAUGUCAGGCUCUACGUGGUCCAUUACAUCUCUGAUGAGUGAAAAAAACACCACUGUCUGAACCAAACAACAACAAAUAAUUAUUGUUACAUCAUGUGCAGCCCCUGCAGACUACCAGCUGCUCACUUCAGAUAUUAAAAUUUACAGUCAAACAACUCUUGGAUCAGACUCCGCUUUUGGUUUAAGUAUUUAGUCACAUUGCAUUUUGGACUUUGUCUUAUUAACAAGAGUGUAAGUUGGCAAUGCUUUUUUUCACACCAGACACCCUGACCAGAUAAGCGGUGAAGCUUUUGUUAGGGUUUCCUUAUGUGUAUGUCCCAAUUUAAAAGUUAUCACUAUCUUACUCUAUUUAGAUAACUCCCUGAAUGACCUCAGCUUGAAGAUGAAAGAAUUUACGUUCACCAGGGCUGAUGAGAAAAUGACUAGUCUGAGCUUAGUCAUACUGCUGCCUUGAAACGGCUCCAGAAUUUCAAAGCAGCUUUUGCAUCACUUCUAAUUUACAUGGCAUAUUAACCAUUUUUGCCACAAUAACCUCGAUACAUAAGAUUUACCAAGAUUCUUGAUGGAGAACUCUAUUACCAUCUUUGUUUGGUAGAAGUAUCAAGAAUUUCUCACUGGACUCAGACUAGCUGUUAGCUCAUCAGUCCUAAAAGAUGUCCUCCAUUUAUCUGAACUGAAGAUUUUUCUGGAAGCAGGUUAUUCUUUUAACACAAGAACACUUAGAUUUUAGGGCAAAAUAGGAUAAUGUAACAGAACAAAAACCGUACAAAACAAGGAACCCUCUGUUUACUCAUGUGAAUUGAGUGCAAUCUCUCCUAUUGUUAUAAAUGUCCUCGGUUUUCCUGAUUAUAACCCAAAAACGAAACCUCUGGCCAAAAACCCUUCUUUGGUUAAAGGUGCAUUAUGUAGAAAUGAAGUAAAAAUUACAUCUUGUAAAAUCUAGUUACUGCAACCACUUUAAACAACUCUGGAGAUUUUUGCCGGCUGUCGUCAAAUUACAAAGUCGGCGCUGCAGUAUUCGCUCGCAGGAGACACGGCACCCCCACCCUCACUGAUGGUAAACAGUAGUUGCGUCCCUCCUUUGAUUGUUUUGAAAGGAGAACAACCGACAAUCCCCACAGCCAGCUGCAUAUGAAAUAUGUUUCAGUAUAACCUUCCUUACAAAAUGACUGAAACAGACUCUUUUGGGAUUUUUUCACAGUAAAAUUGUCUCUAUAUUCUAACAUACUGCACC